AGAGCCUGGGUGAUUUUCAAGCCCAGCUCUACCCACCCAAGUGGCUGUGAUACAGGCUUUCACUGAAGACUUAUUACUCUUAAAAGAGCAAUUUGGUUGGUUGCACGGCUAUUAGGAUCACACAGGCAGCCUGAGAGCUGUCAGUACAACUGCUUCUCAUCUUUUUCACACAGUCCUGACAUCUUUUCUCUUUUUGGCUGGACACAGACAUUCCUGUUUUUAUCAUUUUCAAUCAAGCUCACGCAGGACGCUGAGGAAUACAUUCCCAUUGAGAGCCAAGUGGAAAAGAGAAAUUAUUUGCUAGCUCCUGGAGUAGAAGCAGUCAGUGCUGACUGCGUGCUGAAGAGCAGGAGCCGGAUCUGUGAGAAAUGUAGCUUGGCUCAGGGCUACAUCAGAGAGCUCUCCUUCAGCUACUAAAAGAUGGCAAAACAACACCUACCUCCGGCUUGUCAAUGAUUAAUGCUAUUUUCAUAAGCACCGGGAGGGAAGAUGAUGUGAAAAAUUUGAUGAAAUUCACUUGUGGAAAUGUUAUCAUCAGAGAAAGUGGGGAAAAUUACUAGGCUUGAACUUCUCUUGGUUUUGAUGCUCUUUUUCUCUGGACCAACUCUGAGCAAGCUGACCCGGACCCCCUGGAAAGGAAAAUCUUGGAAGGGGGGAUCUCGUCUUCGCCAGGAGGACUUUCCACCACGGAUAGUGGAACACCCUUCUGAUGUCAUUGUGUCUAAGGGUGAGCCCACCACUCUGAACUGUAAGGCAGAGGGCCGACCGACACCCACCAUUGAAUGGUACAAGGAUGGGGAGCGGGUGGAGACAGACAAGGAUGACCCCCGGUCUCACAGGAUGCUUCUGCCCAGCGGGUCCUUAUUCUUCUUGCGCAUCGUUCAUGGGCGCAGAAGUAAACCGGAUGAAGGGAGCUACGUCUGCGUGGCAAGGAACUAUCUUGGUGAAGCUGUGAGUCGAAAUGCAUCUCUGGAAGUGGCAUUGUUGCGAGAUGACUUCAGGCAGAACCCGACAGAUGUGGUCGUUGCAGCUGGAGAACCUGCAAUCCUGGAAUGCCAGCCUCCCCGAGGACACCCAGAACCAACCAUCUACUGGAAAAAAGACAAAGUUCGCAUUGACGACAAGGAAGAAAGAAUAAGUAUCCGUGGUGGAAAACUGAUGAUCUCUAACACCAGGAAGAGUGAUGCAGGAAUGUACACCUGUGUUGGCACCAAUAUGGUUGGGGAAAGAGACAGUGACCCAGCAGAGCUGACUGUCUUUGAACGACCUACAUUUCUCAGGAGGCCAAUCAACCAGGUGGUGCUGGAGGAAGAAACUGUAGAAUUCCGCUGUCAGGUUCAGGGGGACCCUCAGCCAACCGUGAGAUGGAGGAAGGAUGAUACAGACUUGCCCAGGGGAAGGUAUGACAUCAAGGAUGAUUACACUCUGAGAAUUAAGAAGGCCAUUAGUACUGAUGAAGGUGCCUAUAUGUGUGUUGCUGAGAAUCGGGUAGGAAAAGUAGAAGCCUCUGCUACCCUCACUGUCCGAGUUCGCCCUGUUGCUCCUCCACAAUUUGUGGUUAGGCCAAGAGAUCAGAUUGUUGCUCAGGGUCGGACGGUGACUUUUCCCUGUGAAACUAAAGGAAACCCACAGCCAGCAGUGUUUUGGCAGAAAGAAGGCAGCCAGAACCUCCUUUUCCCAAACCAACCCCAGCAACCCAACAGUCGAAGUUCAGUAUCACCAACCGGAGACCUCACGAUCACCAACAUCCAACGUUCUGAUGCGGGUUACUACAUCUGUCAGGCCUUAACUGUGGCAGGAAGUAUUUUAGCAAAAGCUCAACUGGAGGUUACUGAUGUUUUGACAGAUAGACCUCCACCCAUAAUACUCCAAGGCCCAGUAAACCAAACACUAGCAGUAGAUGGUACAGCCUUACUGAAAUGUAAAGCCACUGGUGACCCUCUUCCUGUAAUUAGCUGGUUAAAAGAAGGAUUUACUUUCCUGGGUAGAGAUCCACGAACAACUAUCCAAGAGCAAGGAACACUGCAGAUCAAGAAUUUACGGAUUUCUGAUACUGGCACUUACACUUGUGUGGCUACAAGCUCAAGUGGGGAGACUUCUUGGAGUGCUGUGCUAGAUGUGACUGAAUCUGGAGCAACGAUCAGUAAAAAUUAUGAUUUAAAUGACCUGCCAGGGCCACCCUCCAAACCACAAGUCACUGACGUUACUAAGAACAGUGUCACCUUAUCCUGGCAACCGGGCACCCCUGGAACUCUCCCAGCAAGUGCAUAUAUCAUUGAGGCUUUCAGCCAAUCAGUGAGCAAUAGCUGGCAGACAGUGGCCAACCAUGUGAAGACUACCCUUUAUACUGUGAGAGGACUGCGUCCCAAUACCAUCUACUUGUUCAUGGUGAGAGCAAUCAACCCCCAAGGACUCAGUGAUCCCAGCCCGAUGUCAGACCCUGUGCGCACACAAGAUAUCAGCCCCCCAGCCCAAGGUGUAGACCACAGACAAGUACAGAAGGAGCUGGGAGAUGUCCUUGUCCGCCUGCAUACUCCAGUUGUACUGACUCCCACUACUGUUCAGGUCACAUGGACGGUGGAUCGCCAGCCCCAGUUUAUUCAAGGCUACCGAGUGAUGUACCGUCAGACUUCAGGCCUGCAAGCUUCAACUUCCUGGCAGAAUUUAGAUGCCAAAGUGCCAACAGAGCGAAGUGCUGUUUUAGUCAAUCUGAAAAAGGGGAUGACCUAUGAAAUUAAAGUACGGCCAUAUUUUAAUGAGUUCCAAGGAAUGGAUAGUGAAUCCAAAACGGUUCGUACUACCGAAGAAGCCCCGAGUGCCCCUCCCCAGUCUGUCACUGUGCUGACAGUGGGAAGCCACAACAGCACGAGCAUUAGUGUUUCCUGGGACCCUCCCCCUCCUGAUCACCAGAAUGGAAUCAUUCAGGAAUACAAGAUCUGGUGUCUGGGAAAUGAAACACGAUUCCAUAUCAACAAAACUGUGGAUGCAUCAAUUCGGUCUGUAAUCAUAGGUGGCUUGUUCCCAGGAAUUCAGUAUCGGGUAGAGGUAGCAGCAAGCACCAGUGCAGGAGUUGGAGUGAAAAGUGAACCACAACCAAUAGUAAUUGGGGGACGUAAUGAGGUUGUGAUUACUGAAAACAACAAUAGCAUAACGGAACAAAUCACUGAUGUUGUGAAGCAACCGGCCUUCAUAGCUGGCAUUGGAGGUGCCUGCUGGGUAAUUCUCAUGGGCUUUAGCAUCUGGCUGUACUGGAGAAGAAAGAAGAGAAAGGGCCUGAGCAAUUAUGCUGUUACAUUUCAAAGAGGAGAUGGAGGAUUAAUGAGCAAUGGAAGCCGCCCAGGACUUCUCAAUGCCAGUGAUCCAAAUUACCCAUGGCUUGCUGAUUCUUGGCCAGCCACGAGCUUACCAGUAAACAACAGCAAUAGUGGUCCAAAUGAAAUUGGGAAUUUUGGGCGUGGAGAUGUGCUGCCACCAGUUCCAGGCCAAGGGGACAAAACAGCAACUAUGCUCUCUGAUGGAGCCAUUUAUAGCAGCAUUGACUUCACUACCAAAACCACCUACAACAGUUCCAGCCAAAUUACUCAGGCUACCCCGUAUGCCACCACACAGAUCUUACAUUCUAACAGCAUCCAUGAACUGGCUGUUGAGCUUCCUGAUCCCCAGUGGAAAAGUUCAAUUCAACAAAAAACAGAUCUGCUGGGAUUUGGCUAUUCUCUGCCUGAUCAGAACAAAGGUAACAAUGCCUUACUUUACAUCCCUGACUACCGAUUGGCUGAGGGAUUGUCUAAUAGAAUGCCACACAACCAGUCACAGGAUUUCAGCACCACCAGCUCUCACAACAGCUCAGAAAGGAGUGGCAGUCUCUCAGGUGGGAAAGGUGGGAAAAAGAAGAAAACCAAAAAUUCUUCUAAACCACAGAAAAACAAUGGAUCCACUUGGGCUAAUGUCCCUCUACCUCCUCCUCCAGUCCAGCCCCUUCCUGGUACAGAGCUGGAUCACUAUGCAGCUGAGCAGCAGGAAAAUGGCUAUGACAGCGACAGCUGGUGCCCACCAUUACCGGUGCAAACAUACCUGCACCAGGGUAUGGAAGAUGAACUGGAAGAAGAUGAUGACCGUGUCCCAACACCCCCUGUCCGCGGUGUGGCUUCUUCUCCAGCCGUCUCUUUUGGGCAGCAGUCCACUGCCACUCUUACUCCAUCUCCACGUGAAGAGAUGCAACCCAUGCUGCAAGCUCACCUGGAUGAGCUGACGCGAGCCUAUCAGUUUGACAUAUCAAAGCAGACGUGGCACAUUCAAAGCAAUAAUCCUCCUCCACAGCCCCCAGUUCCACCAUUAGGUUACGUGUCCGGAGCCUUGAUUUCUGAUUUGGAAACAGAUGUUCCAGAUGAUGAUGCAGAUGAUGAAGAGGAACCUUUAGAAAUGCCCAGACCCCUGAGAGCACUAGACCAGACACCUGGGUCCAGUAUGGACAAUCUAGACAGCUCUGUGACAGGUUCAAUGGUAAAUGGAUGGGGCUCUGCAUCUGAUGAGGAUCGUAACUUUUCUAGUCAUAGAUCUAGUGUAGGUAGCUCCUCAGAUGGCUCCAUCUUUGCCAGCGGCAGCUUUGCACAAGCACUGGUGGCAGCAGCAGAUAAAGCUGGUUUUAGGCUGGAUGGAACCAGCCUGACCAGAACAGGAAAACCCUUUACCUCCUCUCAAAGGCCUCGACCCACCAGCCCGUUUUCUACUGACAGUAAUACCAGUGCAGCCCUGAGUCAAAGUCAGAGGCCUCGGCCCACCAAAAAACACAAGGGAGGGCGGAUGGACCCACAGCCAGCAUUGCCUCAUCGACGGGAAGGGAUGCCAGAUGAUCUUCCCCCACCACCAGAUCCCCCACCAGGUCAGGGUUUAAGGCAGCAAAUAGGCUCGAGCCAGCAUGCUGGUAACGUGGAAAGCUCAACAGAGAGAAAAGGAAACUCUCUAGAGAGACAACAUGCAUCCAACUUAGAAGACACAAAGAGCUCAUUGGAUUGUCCAGCUAAAACCUCUCUAGAGUGGCAGCGACAAACCCAGGAAUGGAUAAACGCCACAGAGCGCCAAGAAGAUACACGGAAAGCCCCACACAAACAAGGUGCUGGACCAGAGGAGGCCCUGGUGCCCUACAGCAAGCCCAGUUUCCCAUCUCCAGGUGGCCACAGCUCAUCAGGAACAGCUUCUUCUAAAGGAUCCACUGGACCUCGGAAACCUGAGGUGCUAAGGGGAGGCCACCAGCGCAAUGCCAGCGACCUUCUUGACAUAGGAUAUAUGGGCCCAAGUAGUCAAGGACAGUUUACAGGUGAAUUAUAGUAACUGAGAGGAGAUCUACCAAGCUGCUCUGAUGGACCGACAGGUCUGAACUCAUGGACGUAAUGACACUAAACAGUGCAAUGAACAAUUUCUUUAUUUAUGUACUAUUAAAAACUGUAAAUGCAAUGUAAAGACACACAGCCACACAUAUCCCACAGACAUUUUAAUUGUGUUCUUCUCUUAAUUACACCACCCACCUUAACUCUUUCUUGUCAGGAGUAUAUUAAGAAAAAAAAGAAAGAAAAUAAAACUCACUCUCCAGGAAGAAAAAAGGAUUUUCCUCUGUAUAUAAUUUCUUUUGUGCAUUGCUAUGCAAGCUCACUCCUUUUAGCUCUGUUCAUAUUGUUGUCUGUUCUUAUUGGUCUGUUGUACUAUAUGUGAAUUAAUGGGCUGUGGUGCCAUAUAUUAACUUUUAAUUGUGUAACUUUUAUGUUUAAAUUUUGCACUGCAAUUUUAUUUGGUGAUAAGCACAAAUCUCUACUCCUCAUGACAUGAAGAAAAGAUUGAAUGUGAAGGGAGUUUCUGUACUGUAAGUUAGGUUGGAUGAUGCUGGUGUAACCAAUCAUGUUAGAAGGUUUUCAGUUGGGAUGUAGAAAUAGGAAGAUGCAAAGGAACAAUGGUGUUGGCAAAGUCUUUUUUGAAUAUCAGGAAUUGAGUCAAUUUAAAAAAGCAAAAAGAUGGCUUUUACUAUUGACAAAAAUAGGGGUCAAAGAAGAAAGUUUAAGUCUUUAGGCUGAAUAUGCAUUAAAGUAUGCAGGAAGCAAAGAUGUACUAAACUUGCAAAAAAAAUUCCAAGAUUUAUUUAGAAUCAACUUUACCUAUCAUUGUAUUGACCCAUCUGAAAAUUACAAUGAGUAAAACAAAAUUAUGGUAUCUUAUAAGAGCUGUGUUUAUAUUACAGAUUUAAACAGCAGUUUCUGAAUUACCAUAAUUAAUCUCUCCAACUCAUUUUGAGAAUAUAACAUGAAGUUCCCCAAGGAAAAACAUAAAAUGAAGUCUACCAUAUCUAGCAAAUAGUUAGAGAAGCAAUUAAUUAUUAGGACAUACUCGAGCUGCUUUCAAAUAUGAACUUACUGCAAUAUCUUGUUUCAUCUUUCUAAUACAUGUACAGUACACACUAGAGGAUACCAUUGCAUCACUUAAGUUCAUAAUUUUUUUAAAAUAAAUAUAUUGCAGUCUCUAUAAGAUUUUGUGUUUCAUUUACUUCAAAAGUAAAGUUGAUACCACCAAACAUAUAGCCAAAUUCUAGGUGCAUAACAGCAAUUCUCGCAGUAGGUUCAGUUGCAGUAAGAUUUAUGGGAAUCAAUCUUUUGUGGUAAAUUUUCAGAAAUUGGCUACCAACUAAAAUCUGUUUGACCCACUUUGAAUGAGUAAACUGGAAAGAAAAGUGAAAAGCGGUAAAAAUGCAUGUUUAUACACUUUUAAAAUAAAACCAAAUCUUGUAAGUGGACAUUAA